AAUUCUUACCUACCUAUGACCAAAGAUUUAGCAGCAGCGAAUACUUUCUUGUUUAAUAAAUGGAUGAAAGAGGAUGAUUAUAACCAUCGUGGAAUUGGAAACCUCAAGAAAAACGAGUUCUGCAUUGAUUAUCAGAGAGAUAAGCUAUUCUCCCCAAAAUUAGUCAAAAGGAGAUUGAACACAAGCUUAUAUCCUCAAAAAUCCCGUAGGAAGUCCUAUGUAGGAAUUUCAGAGAAUGAAAUUCACGAGUUUUUGAUCCCAAUAUCAAAGAUGAACGUCAAGCCAGAGCCUUGCUUGCAGCUACCAAAUGGCAAGUUCAUUGGGAAGUUCAACCUAAACUCUCCGGUUUGUAAAUAAGUAUGAAGAAUUUUCUGCAUUAAGUUCUAAACCCCAGCCGAAAGUAAAGGGACUAGAUAAGACUAAGAGGAUAUAAAAAUUAUCAAAAGAGCUCUAAAUGAGCCUAUUAAAGCACAAGAAUCGAGCCGAAGUGCUUAUCUAGUCAUGAACAACCGGUAUAAGAAAUGUAAUAAAGAACAAUCAAAGAGCUCACAAAAGGAGCUUAGAGGAGAUAUGGGUGAAGAUUACCAAAAGCUUAAUAAGAGUUUAAAGAAAUUUCUAAAUUCACAGCCAUCAUCGCCAAGAAGUAAGAAAAGUGCUCGAAAGCAAAGAAAAGACUCUCUUUGCCAAAAGGUUAAAUUAAUAAAAUACGAUGAUCAGUUGGGGAGAAGCUUUUACUGUGAAACCCAUAAAUUUAACCUUACUAAAAAGCCUCAAUCUCUCUCAAAAUCAGAUGCCUACAGAAUGCCUACUGCUGCUUCUCAAUCAGCUUGAAAUAGAAAUUUAAAGCUCUUAGACCCAAAAAUUUUGAAAAGGUCUACUCUACGAGGUUUAGUAAAACCAAUUACUUCUUUAAAAGGGACUCUCACAAAGACCCAAAAUCCGACAUCAAGACUAUUUGAAGAAGGUAGGAAAAUAAGCAUGAGUAUCUCCAAAAUGGAAGCUCUCAUUAGGGAAAAACCUUUGAAGAAAUUCUAACAAAAUUUGGCUAAAGGCAACUCGAUUUUCAA